AUAUACGACGGACGCACAUUAUCGUGGAGCGGUGCACUGUCCUUUAUCAUAUUAGAUCCCAUCAAACCAGGUAUACAGCCAAAGGAGAAAGCAUCGGAGUAUCUGCCAUAAGUAUUCGACAUCGCAAUACAUAUAGGUCCUGUAACGAUUUUCUCGGCUAUGAUGCUAUGCAAUCUCGACAAGAUAAGAUGAAGGACUUAAAUUACGAGGAGUUGCUUCACUAUCAUUUUGAGCGCAAAUGUGCCAUAUUUCGAGAAUAAAGGUAUUGUUCCGCAGUACAGCACGGACCAUCCUGAAUUAUUUUGUGGAGAAAAACAUAUGACAUUGUAGAAGUUUGUCCUCUGUAUAGUCUCCUCUAGCUAUCACUAUAUUAUAUUGGCCUGCCUUGAUAUUGUGAUGUGCCACUCUAGGAAGUUAUCUUCUGAUAUAUCACUUCAGAUCAACCUGAUUUAGAAUCGAAGUAAAAGGCGCCAUGUUUAAAUCUAGAAGCAGAAGUAACAUGCAGGGUGGACCAGAUCAAAUCCUCCACAUGGACGGUCUCAGUAUUGAACAGAAAUGGAGAAUUAUCAAUGAUGAGCCGUCGUUGAAGUCGUCGUUGCACGAUGUAAAGUAUUACAAGACGCAGCUGGAAGGCCACAUCGACCCGGCCAUCCAUCAAGAGGCUACCAUGAAGAAGUCAUCGUGGAAGAAGAUGGUGAAGACCCUUGCCCCCGUCAAGGAGGUCAUCGAGGAUCUCAAAGAAGAUCUGCAUUCAGCCAAGACAGAUUUCCUCAAAGCUUUUAUCUCAGAUAAAGUGGGUGGUGUCAUUCUUCUUGCCAAGUUCUUGAGUCAAACCCAAACCCUUAUUGAGAAGGAUAGGAGUCAACAGAAUGCUAACAACUCAGCUUCGAUCCAGCCACCAAGCCGUACAUCAACACUCGAUAAGAAACAACUCAAGCUUCUCGAAAACAUCAAACGCACAACAAUGGAAGAAUCAGACGCAAUGAACUGCUUGCGGAAAAUAUCGGAAGACAAGGAGGGACUUUCUAUCAUAAUAAAAGGAGAUGAUGUCUUAGAAAUCAUUACAUCAUGUGUAAUCAGCAGGUCAUUAUCGGCUAGACUGUAUGCUUUCAUGGUUUUGAUCGCAGUCUGUGAAUCAAGAGACGGUCUAAAUCGAGUGCUAACCGCUUUGAGUGCCUUCAGAAAGAAGUUAAAUGAGAAGGUUCGAUUUCAUGCCAUCACACAAAUGAUGUUCCUUGAGAAAUCAAGAGUUGAACUGGUGACGAUAUGUCUUCGGUUUAUCAACACAAUGCUCAGCUCUACAACAGACAUGAACAAACGGGUGUACCUGCAGUAUGAGCUAGAGAUGGCUGAAUUUAAUCCAAUUAAACUAGAAAGGUUGUAUCGACUAGAAGGCGAGCUACCAGCUUCAAUCAAACUAGAAUUAGACGCGUGGCACAGUCGUUAUGUCAGUAUUCAGAGACUUCAAGAGAAUCUAACGACCAUAGAAACAAGGAAUGCUCUACUCAGAAAAGAGGUUGACAGACAAGGGUCUAGAAUGACAGACUACGAGGCUGAGAACAAAGCAUUACAAACCAAAAUUCUAGAUCUCGUUGCUAGGUCAGAUGAUUACAGAGACAGGGUCAACGAACUUCAAGACACUAUUGAAAAAUUGACGCGGGAAUACACGAAGAAGACCGGCCAGCAUGCGGAGAAACAAUUUCGUAACUUUAAUAAUUUGAUGAAACCUCUAGAACCCGAACAGGAGGGUGAUGAGGUGACUGUCAUCAUCGAACCACAGAAAACAGGAGAAAGAAAACUAGAGAGAAAGACAUCUGUUAUCGGUGAAAAGAAGAAGGAAAUUGUCAUUUCCAAGCCCGCCGCAUCGAAGAAGGCCAAAGCCCCACCCCCUCCUACACCCCCACCUGCCCCUCCUGAUCUGCCACCUAGUAAAAUACCAGGUGCCCCCGGUGUACCCCUUCCUCCACCUCUUAUCGGUACAGUGAGGAAGAACCGUAACCGACUGAUGUCCAAACAUGCACUGCCAAUGUUAAAUUGGAAUACAAUCACUACACCAGGAAACACAAUCUUUAAGGUGUUGGAUGACGAGAAUGUUUACGAUGAGAUGGACUUUGAAGAUUUUGAGAAUCAUUUCCGUUUGAAGGAAACCUCGGCAACAACAGCGACGAUGGAGAAACUCCGAAGAUUACAAGAGAAACAAGCCCAGAAGAUCAGAAUGGUAGACAACAAUCGUGCCAAGAAUCUUAUAAUUACCCAGCGUCGGAUAGCACUAUCCCCGAAGGAUAUCCGUGGUUUCGUUGAUCGGUGUGACAUUACUGGUGUUCCGGGAGAAUAUGCUGAAUUGCUCCUCAACUUCGUGCCUACAAAGGACGAGCUCAAGAAACUUGCAGAGAAUGCAGAUAAAUAUGAAGAUAUGGGAGAGGCUGAACAGUUUAUGUUCCAGAUGGCGAGAGUGGACCGAUACGAAUCUAAGUUGAGGUUAAUGACCUUUAUGGGUAUCUACAGUGAUUUAGUCGUCACACUCAAACCAGAAAUUGAAGCAAUAGUGAAAGCCUGUGAUUCAAUCGUCACGAGCGGGAGACUCAAGAAAUUACUCGAGAUUGUUCUUGCUUUUGGUAACUACAUGAACAGCAGUAAAAGAGGACCAGCCAUAGGAUUCAAACUUGAAUCUUUACAAAGGUUGACGUUCGUGAAAUCAUCGGAUCGUAGUCAUAACUUCCUUCAUUACCUGGUUGAAGCUGUUAACCGAUGUUACCCAGAAAUCAAGAAUUGGUACAACGACCUUCAAUUCGACGAUCUCAAGUCAGGAUCUCUUGAAGCACUGACUAUGGAUAUUCAAGGAUUACGUAAGGGCCUGGAACUUGCCAAGUUUGAACGAGAACGACAGAUGGACAAUCCUAUUAUUGGACAGUUCUAUGUGGGUGCUGCAGACACCAUCCAUGCACUCUCUGAAGGUUUCAAGAAGAUGGAAGAGAUCUACCACUACACUACCAAGAUGUUUGGUGAGAAUGGAGACCAUGUCGAACCAAUCAACUUCUUCAAGCUCUUUAAAGACUUCAGCGGCCAGUAUCAGGCUGCUGAGAGAGCAAACAGUAAAAAUCCGAUUGAGGUGGCUCCUAAACGCAAACCAGCAAAGAAAAAGGGAUCAUACAACCAGCAGUAUGGAUUACCAACACAAGAACUGCCUUCUGCCGGUAUCACUGGUCGUCUAGGGCUCUUCCGCCGGUCAACCCAGAACAAAGGCUCUUAUGAAGUCAAAAGUAAAGCAACACCAUCGACAGCCACGAUACCGGACGAAUCGGUGACGAACUUGAGAAGAGAUUCGCCGUCGUCCUCCGACUCGGGUAUAGCGUCGAUGGCGUCGUCGGGCGACAGUGGUUCGGCGCGGAGCAUCCCGUACGUGUCGGUGGAUGGUAACGAUUCAUCGAAGACUGGAGGGGUUGUCAUGACAGCGAAUGGACAUGGUAAUGCGCAGACGGCUGGAGGUGAGGGUGGUGGCGGGGACAAGGCUGCAGAUGGGAAUUCAAACUUCUGGGGAAUGUUCAGCUCAUUGAAGUGAAAUCGUCUCCGGCAAAACUUGUGAAGACAUUAACCUUGUGCCCUGGUCUAAUGUUUUGAGAAGGUUCAUUCUACAUCAUCUUCGCGGGAAGAGCUAAUGUGUGCACUUUCUUCUGACGAUACCAAUCAUUCAAUAAGGAAGAUUAUGAUGUAACGUUGUAUUAUGUGAGAUUUAGUACAUGUCGACAAGAUCUAUUUUCUAUUUUAAUAUGAUGGCCCUGCUCUUAUGGACCUGACUAUUUCUGACAUUCAAGACGAUGGUCACUGUUGAAUAUAAGUGUAUUUCAAGGGAAGAUUAUGUAUUAUUAUGGGUACUAGCUAUGGUCUAACAGUUGGUCAUGGGGAUAAUGUACGAAUGUGUGAGUGGGUGGAUAUGUACUGUGGCUUUUCGUAUGCAUUUGCGCGCGCGCUUGUAUAAGGGUGCAUGUGUAUGGAAAGAGGGUUAGAAUAAUGGAGAGAGAAUAUGUUUCAUUAAUAAAUAAGUGAUCCUUUAAGAAUGUUUCCUUAUGAAUUAUAUGUCCAGUGAUAUCAUUCUUUAAAAAGAAUCUAUACCAAUAAUUCAAAAUCUGUGAUAUUGCUAUCUCAUAGUUAUUAAAAAAAGUAUUUUAUUUUCCAGAAAUAGUAAUGGCAUGUGACUUGUGAUUGCUGGCUUAUUUUAUUCGAAUGGAUUGACAAAAAUUAGUUAAAACCUUUAUGAUCAACUAAUAAUUUUGCAUUCAUUUGGGACUGCAGCAGGAUUUUUUUUCAGUGAAAAAGCCCCCUCGUAGCCCUUUAAUUUUGUAUACCAUUUUCUAUUGAACAACUAAACUAUAUUAUUUAAGAUGAAAUAUUUGAAGUUGGAAAUAUAGCUAAAAAGGGUAAUUCUUUUGUAGAAAGAUUCUUUCUACGAAGACCGAAAAGGGAAAAUGAAAGAAAUUAUUCCAUUAUCAGUAUUCAGCAUCACUGGUGUAUCGAUGGGGGCUAAGGGCACUUGCCAUCACUCCCCAAAAUGUCAAAUUUCACCCCAUGAUCCCCUAAAAUGAGGAUAAAAAUAAAACAAAGGGAUAUUCCAGUAUCAGUACUCGGAUCCAUUGGCCAAUGUUGGCGUAUAGAUGCAAUACCCAAAUAAAAAGUUCUCACUACCAAGAAAAAAAAGAGAAAAGGAAAAGGAAAGGGAAAGGAAUGAAAUACGAUAUCAUUUUCUUUAUGUUGUGUAAAAAUGUAUUCGAUGUUGAUGCUUGUUUCUCUUUUUUCAUAUUAAAAUUUCGUUUGGAUGGACUUGAAAUUGAAAUACCUUAAUUUUCAACCUUAUGUUCCGUUUGAAUAAGAACGUAACAUUUUGUAUAUAAGUCUUCCUUUUAUCCAAAACAGUAAGAUAUUAUAUAAGAUUAUAUAUUCGCAAAAGCAAUUCAUCCGAUAUUAUGUAUGUGAUCUAUUUAUAAUGCACGCUGCUCCAUGUACAUAAUGAAAAAAGGGGAAUAGAUUUAUAGAAUUAUAUUAUUCUUCAUGCUUUGCAGUAUUUUCGAGAUAUUGUAAAUAUUACUAUAAAUAAUGUUAAAAAGAUAAUCUAAUGGUUAUUGUAUAUAAGAUGAUGUAUUAUGAUUUAUAUUGUGUAAAAACACGUGACAGUUCAUGUAUUCUUAUCACUUCCCCUUGGGAAAAAGGGCAUUGUAUUCCGAUUUUUGUUCUGAAAUUCUAAAUUAAGCCUCUUGGCGUUCGGUCUUCUAGAGGCAGAUUUACAGGCCCCAAUACAAAUUUUUAUGUUUGUUGUAUGAAAGAUUUAUAAAUCGAGUGAUACUUGUAAUGUACUAAUCAGCACGCAAACACUCAAUGUUAUUUGGGAGCGAAAUAUAGGAAAGCCUACAUUGAUUGAUCAGAAACAAAAGAUGGAUUAUUUUAAUCUUCAAAAGAAUUUAUUCGGUAUCAGUCAUAUCACAAUGACAAUGGUACAUCCACUCAAUCAAGUCGGUAUCAGUUAUACCUCUAAUGAUACAUCUAUUCCCAUCCGAUUUAUUUCAGAAAAUGUGUAAUUUUGUUGUGAAAUUGCCGUAAUCGGUCACUCUACACAUAUUUAUUUCAUUACCAUGAUUACUGUACUGGAGGACUGGUAUACACUAUUAAUGACCAGAUUCUUAAUAAGAAUGACCGGAUUCAUUAAAGGGGUACUCCUGGCUGAAAUGAUAUGGUUUGAACAUCAGACAAACAAAACACUGAAAAUUUGUUCAAAAUUGGACAAGGAAUAACAAAGUUAUGCCAUUUUAAAGAUUUGCAUUAUUCCAGUGAAAUACAGUUCUAGGCAUGUCUUCAUGAAUAUUCAAUGAGCAAACUGAUGAUGUCAUAUCCUCACUUGUUCUUUUGUAUUUUGUUAUAUGAAAUUAUGUUUAUUCAUUUUUUUCCUUCAAGAACCAAAAAUAUUGUAAUAACAACUGAUUAAGUGCAUUGGAUAUUCAUUGCCGCAGCUUAUUUUAUUACAAGGGAGACAUAAUUCACACAUGUAUGAAAAAAUGAAACAAUUAUGAUUUCAUGUAAUAACAUAAGAAAAGGGAAAAUGGGGAUGUGACAUCAUCAGCCCCAUCUAAUGAAUAUUCAUGACGACGUGCAUAUAACUCUUUUCACAAUAUAUUACUAAACUUUUGAAUUCAAUAACUUCGCUAUUUGUUAUCAGAUUUUUAUGAAAUUUUCAGCAUUUUGUUCUGUGAGUUUUACUCUAUUUAUUUAGAUAUAAAUAUUUUCAGCCCGGAGCAUCCCUUUAAAUCAAGUCAUCUUAAGUAAAAUUCAAUCAUUUUAAUACAAUCUUAGCAAUCUCUAUAAUAUUUGUAAUCCAUUUUUAAAAUGAUAUUAUUUAGUGUUUUGUUAGUAGAAAAAGAAGUUUUGUUUAUAAAACUUUUUUGCAUUUGUCAACAAGCCUUAUCAAUAGUUAAAAAGGCUUAAAUAGAAAUGUUUUCUUAAAUUGUAUCACUUUAAGAAGUUUAAGAUGAUGUAAUUCAAUUAGGACACAGUGAAAAAGGAUUUUUUUUCUGAUAGGUUGGUCUUUACAGGUCCCAUGAAGUAUCAACAUCCGAGUUAAAACCCUUAUUAAACGUGAUUAAAGAGAGAGAAAAAAAAACAAGCAACUUUUUAUAGGGUUGGACGUUCCUUUAACUCGUGAUUCCAAGUUUAACAAAAUUGAAUAUUUCACACGGCUUUGUUCUUUAUUGCAAGAGAGAGAAAAUUAAUCAAAUUUGAGUGGUUGAUAUUUUCAUAUCUUACCUCUCUAAAGUACAGAUGGGGGCCUUUGGGGCCCACUGUUAUUAUCCCAGCAAGUUACAUAGAGAAAGAGCAAUCAAGCUAGGAUAAUUCUGUUCUAAAUAUUGUUAUUCUAAAGGAGUUUUGAUUUGGCAAUGACAAUAAUGCCAAAAUAAACAGUAAUGUCAAUACUGAA